AUGGAGACAGCAGCCAGGAGUGCUGAGGAGCUCAAGCUUCAAAUAAAAAGGCUUGAGAAUGAGCUCGCAGUCCUCAAGUCGCAGCUCGCCGAGCUUGAGAGCCGGGAAGCUGCCCCACCAACAUCGGCUCCCGAUGGUGAGGAGGUUCCAUGGAAAUGGCCGCUGCAAGCAGAUGAAUAUGAUAGAUAUGGCAGGCAGCUCAUCCUGCCGAGCAUCGGUAUUCAAGGCCAACUCAAUCUCAAGCAGUCCGCCGUCCUAAUCGUCGGGGCCGGCGGCCUCGGCUGCCCGGCCGCAGCCUACCUGGCCGGCGCCGGAGUCGGGACCCUAGGCGUCGUCGACAGCGAUGUCGUCGAGGCGUCCAACUUGCACCGCCAGAUCGCACACUCGACCGCCCACGUCGGCAUGUCCAAGGUCGACAGCCUCAUCGCCUACGCAAGAGGCCUCAACCCCUUACCCACCUACCGCGCCCACAACACGCACCUGACCCCGAACAACGCCGCCUCCAUCGUCUCCCGUUACGACCUCGUGCUCGACUGCACGGACCACCCGACGAGCCGGUACCUCGUCUCCGACGCCUGCGUCCUGCUCGGCAAGCCCCUCGUCUCGGCCUCGGCCCUGCGCACCGACGGCCAGCUCAUCGUGCUCAACUGCCCCCCUACAGCACAGGGCGUCGUCGCCGCUCCCCCUGCCGACGGCGGCCCGCCACCACCACCAGGCCCACCCUGUUACAGGUGCGUGUUCCCGCGCCCGCCGCCGCCCGACGCCGUGACGAGCUGCGGCGAGGGCGGGAUCCUGGGCCCCGUCGUGGGCGUCAUGGGUGUGCUGCAGGCACUCGAGGCGAUCCGCAUCAUCGCGGCGGGGAGGCACCGGCCCGCCGAUGCAGAGGGAGGCUCAGGACAGCACCAGCAGCAGCAGCAGCCGACGCUGUUGCUCCUGUCGGCCGGCGGGCAGUCGCCGGCCACAUUCCGCAGCGUGCGCAUGCGCGGCCGGCGGAAGGACUGCUUUGCCUGCGGGGAGGGCUCGACGCUGACGCUCGAGACGCUGGCCUCCGGGUCGCUGGACUACGUUGCCUUCUGCGGGGGUGCCGCGGCCCCUGUCGACGUCUUGGCGGACGGUGAGAGGGUCGGGCCGCGGGAGUAUCAGGCUAGGACGCAGGACGGGAAGAGACACCUGCUGCUCGACGUGCGGGAGAAGGAGCACUUUGAUAUUGCUAGCAUCAGCGGGGCGAUCAAUGUGCCGUUCUCCAAGAUGCAGUCCUAUGGCGGCGGUGGGCAGGAGAAGCAGACGGAGGUCCCGCGGCCGGAGUGGAUUCCAGGAGAUCUGCCUGACGACGCGCCCAUCUACGUUGUGUGCAGGGUGGGCAAUGACUCUCAGCUUGUGACUAAGCAACUGAAAGAGAUGGGUUUAGAUCGAAAUGGAAAGCGGUUCGUGGGUGAUAUCAGGGGAGGGAUGAGGGCCUGGAAGAGGGAUGUUGACAACACCCUGCCAUUUAUGUGA